AUGGAGCGGUUCGGGGUAGACGUCGACGGUGUGAUGGCAUACGCGGCACGGGUGGGUCUUGUAGAAGUUGUCGAAAAGUAUGCAGAGUAUGAUGCGGUAGACCUCGACUGGGCUAUGGUCCAAGCGGUGGUGGGAGGUCACGUUGAGAUUGUUGAGAUGUGUGAAGAGUGGGGUGCUACAGACUUUGAAGAGACCAUGGAGGCUGCGGCGCGGGAGGGGCAUGAAGAGGUUGUUGAACUGUGUGUAGAGUUUGGUGCGAGAGACCUUAGGAGAGCCUUGGUGGCUGCAGCGCGUGGUGGUCACGUUGACGUUCUACAUCUUCUCCAGGAGUGUGGUCUGAGAGACUUUGGUGAUGCCUCAGCAGCUGCAGUGAUGGUGGGUAAUGAUCUCGUGGCUGAUGUGUGUGAGGAGCUAGGUGAGAACCUUUACGACGACAUUGACGAUGCCACGACGCUGGCGGUCACCCUGGGAGACGUUGAGACUGUCAAGAGAUGCAGGGAGGCGGGGGUUGAAUCGUAUGAGAGAGCCCUGCGCGGAGUAGCCACCGGCUGUCACACGGGGGUUGUCAAGAUGCUGCUGGGUUGGGGAGCAAAGAGUUUUGGGCGGACUAUGAGAUUCAUGGCGUGUCACCUCCCCAGGAGACUCAAAGGUUUGUACCCAGCUUACGGUUGGGGUGAGGUGCAUGAGGAGCUUUUCAGACACCACCACAAGCGAAAGUUCUUCAAGGUUUUGGAGGAGGAGCUCAUGCCAAUCACCUGA